AGUUUCAGACUCUGUAAGCAAAGCGUCUCUGUCUCGUCGAUUUUCCUCCCACCACAACCUGAUACAACUUGUUUAGGAAGCAAGCACCAUGCCCUUGGUAAACCUGGAUGAUCUGUUUCCGCCCAGCAGCGUGGAGUCUUCGGGCUCGGACGAAAAACUGGAGCACGUAGUUUUCUUGGGCGAGAGUAGGCAGAAAGUCACCGUGGAGGCCAGGGAAGAGGGCCUGACCGAAGAGCUGUUGAAGAAGGUAUCUAAAGUGACGGGCGUGCCCGUUCGGUUUCUGCGGCUCACCGCGUUCACUGCUCCUGGGUACGGCGAUGACACAGACGAACAGACCACCUGGAAACUUCUGCCGCUGGACACCCGUUACAGCCAAACGAAGCAAUAUGCAUCUUCGGAUACGGAUAAAGGAAAUACUAGUACAACUGGUGAUGAGGUGGAUGGAGAUGGAACAGCAAGAACAUCCGGGCCGCGAGGUAGAAAACAACUCAAGUUUCACUUGACGCAAGUUUUGAAGAAGACGGACUGGGUGAGCGUUUUGACAGAAACGCAGCAACUUCUGGUGGCAGACGGGACGCUGGCGAACCUGCCAGCCGAUGAAGAGAUUUCAUCUGGCGGUGACGAGGAACAAGACGAGGGGUACUAUUCAAGCAGCAGCUCCGGGGGGACAUCGUCAUCAAGUGUCGUGUCCGAUGACCCAGAGACCGCUGCGGCAAAGCAGGAGGACGCAGUAUCAGAAUGAAAAAUGCCCCCACCCCCGAACUUGAAAGCAUUUGUAUUGCAAACCUUUCCAAAUGAAACAUUCGCCCUCUUGCACCUAUCAGCAUCACAGGUUUCCAAUCGUGAAUAGCGAAAAUUUGUAUUGCAAAAGACCCCAGCAAGAGCGGCGCUUGUCAUGCAAGCGAUGCGAUAAACGCCUAGACUCUGCAUCAGAAAGAUUCAUACUCCUUUCAUGCAUGACAAAAAGGUUUCAUUUGGAAACUUCGCAUCACAAAUUUUUGCAAUUUGAGGGGUGGGGGGCACUUUUCACUGUAAUACGCAGAGUGGAGCUACAUCGCGUCACUGUGGUUUCUAUCAAAUGUAAAAAUGUCUGGGUCUGGAAGAUUCCGAUAUUUGUCAUGCAGUUUCUCCAAGCUCCACCAAGUCUGGAAUGCAGGUCCUAGCAUCACAGGAUCUGCAGCCCCUUUGUGAUGCCUGUUCUGCAUGAGAAAUGCCCCCUCAGCAUGGCCAGAAAUGAGCGCCUUUUAUUGCAAGUCACGCAACACAGAUUUUUGUAUGAUGCGCAACAUGCAUCACAAGUUGCAUCCUUCCAGACUCAGACAUUUUUGCAUUUGAUAGUUUCCCGAAACUGAGAAGGGCGAUGUCGCGCAGGUCUUAGCCGCCAUGGGUCGAGAUGAAAAGAGUGCGAGCAGAACAAGGAACGACUCUACUUCUAUGAAAGGUCGUACGAUGAACACCAGAAGUGCUCGUGCCGGGAGCCGCGGUGCCACGGCAACUGAAGAUAGAAGUGAUUUUCCGCACCAGAGAAUGAGGAGCAACCCUAGAGAGGAAGCCGCGCGGAGAAAAAAAGAGGAGCUCACAGUGACCUCGGUCAACGCGCCGGACAUGAAUGGAUGGACGCUGAUGGGACUUGCUUGUGCCCGGGGCCUGCCAAAAUUGCUGACGUACGUGCUAGAAACCCUGGCCAGCGUCGAGCUGGUAAAUCUGAGUCUUCGCGUGGAGGAAACCUGUAGUUUUUUGCGUAGUAGUUCGUCCAUUUUUGCAGAUGGGGAUGCAAUUGAAGAAGAAGAAGUGGAACAAGAACGGGAGAAAGGCUUCUUGAAAUCACCCGCACAAGAAAGACCUCGGACGUCAAAUCUCAAACGGAAUCAAGACACGCCCGAAAUGAAAAUCAGACAGCGUUGGCGAAACCUUCCACCGCUUUUAGCCGCUAUUCGCUAUAACCCGUCGGACGCCUCCUCCGCGGAGGUGGUAGCAAUCCUGCUGGAUCAGGGUUUCGAUGUGAACCCGAACGUGCGCGAGGGAGUCCGGUCGGACGGCUACACACCCCUACUGCUCGCGAUCAAGAAGGCAAAAUGGCAAACCGCAGCCGUGCUCUUGCAGAACGAGCGCAUCGACGUGAACUGCAUUUUGGAACAGGAAGUACCAGCUGCACGGACAGCAGCUGGAACUACUGUUGAAAAUAAAGGCCGCGAAGAAGGAGCAGUAGAGCCUUCAACACUGGUGGAGGGAUCUUCUUUACGUUCGCAGGAAGCUGCGCUCGUCGGAGGCGAUUUAGUAGACCAAGAUGUUGUAAAGAAAGCGGAGAUCAUUCUUGUGCCAAAGAUCAUGAAGAAAAAUACGAAGAUUCGCACGAGAUGGCCGUUGGGAUAUUUUUCCAAGCGGUGGCGCGAGCUGCUGAAGCCUGAGGCGGAGGGGGAGCGGCAAUUUUUGGCAAAGCUGGUGGCGCACCCGCUGAUUUCGCCGGAUCUUGUGCCGUCGGCCAAGAGCAAGGAGGACAAGAACAAGAAAACUCGAAGAUCGAAAUCCCCCCCACCACUGGACGGGGAGAAGAUUUUUGAGCAGCCGAAGCCGAAGCGCAUCCCCACGUGGUGUAGUUCGGUGAUGGAGGCUCCCCCGCAUGGGCAAAACGCUCUCAUCUCCGCCUGUCGCUCGGGCAAUGUGGUAUUCGUGGAGAUUUUUCUCACCCACUGCCUGCCAGAGAAGGUGUAUCCCAAGAAAAAAGUGUAUACAGUUUUUUUACACGACAUCUGUAUGCAACUUCAGCAACACAAUAGACUUGCUCUGCAUUUACAGAUGAGAAAUACAACUUGCAAUGCGUCGAUUCAUCGUCCGAAGGGGAAACACGUAUCAAACGAGGCUCGCAUGCCUUUGCGGCAUGAGAGAGGUUGUCUGUCAUGCGCGUUCUGCAAGAACACAUUGUAUGACUGUAACAGUAACACUUUUUUCAUUGCACAAAUUGACGCGCGUGAUCAACCGGCUCGACGACUUAUCCUGUACAAAAGUAUCGUACUCGUAGUGCAAUCAUGCAUUACAAAUUUUCUUGUUAAGUCAAAUCCGCAUAUACAAAUUUUGUUUCUCAUGCUAAGGAAAUUUGUCAUGCAUUUAUACGAGUGCGAUACUUUUGCAAUGCAUACGACUACGCACGCUCUGCGGUCUAUGAAGCAGCGAUUUUUUUGUCCCGG